CGGCAUGGUUAGACAUGCUGCAGUGCGAGAACAAAGGGAAAGAAGAACGAACGUCCAGUGACACGAGGGAAAGUUUUCCGCCUUUUUGUACCAUCAAGGGCCAUGUCCGACUCCGAAAACCAACCGGAGAAGCAGGUGGCAGUUGAGAAGAAAAUAAUAGCCACCAAAGUCAGCGGCAGUGUAAAAUGGUUCAACGUGAAAAGUGGAUAUGGCUUUAUCAAUAGAGAUGACACCAAGGAAGAUGUUUUUGUACACCAGACAGCCAUUAUUAAAAACAACCCAAGGAAGUACCUUAGAAGUGUAGGAGAUGGGGAAACCGUAGAGUUCGAUGUUGUAGAAGGAGAGAAGGGUAAUGAAGCUGCAAAUGUCACUGGACCUAAUGGCACCCCGGUCCAGGGCAGCAAAUACGCUGCUGACCGCCGUCGUUACCGACGUCAGUGGUAUCCAAGGAGACAGCAAGAUGGUGAUGGAGAGGGUGAUGAAGGGGGCAUGGACCAGAACCGUCGUCCGCGAAGACCCUACUAUCGUAACUACUACCCACGUGGUGGCUUCAGGGGAGGUUACCGAGGACCACCUGGUCAGAUGAUGCAAGGAGGACCAAUGGGGCCGCCUAAUGCCAGAAGACCGUUUUACCGUCGUUUCUAUCGAGGAGGACCUAUGAGCGGAGGAUUUGGUUAUGCACCCAGGGGCUACUAUGGUCCACCAGGUGGUGGCAUGUACAGAGGAAGAGGACGUGGAAGGGGUAGGGGACGUGGCCGUGGAAGGGGAGGAUACAGACGCAGGAAUGAGAACGGUGAGAACAGGAACGAAAACUCUGACGUCCAGAACGACUCUGGUGCCGAAGAUAAGGCGGAAUAAAGCCGGAUACCAACAACGUGUACAAUGCCUGGUACCAUCUGGAUAUUGUAACAGCUGGGCACCAACUUAAAAAAAGACAUUAAUUGUACAUGUUCUUGAUGAAAAUACUAUAUAUAUAUAUUUGUGUCAAAGAUAGAACAAAAUACUAGCCCAUCUUUUGACAGAAUCUUUGGGAAAAUUCUGAAAACUUACAUCAUAAUGAAAUAAGAUUUUAGAUAAAGAAGAGCUGGUAUUUUAUUAUUAUGUGGAUUUUUGAACUUAAUGUUUAUACUUAUUAGCGGUGGUACAUAAAUUUUAGGAAUUGCACAUUUGUCAAUUUUUGUAAACAUCGGAAAAAUGAAAUAAUAAAUCACGGACCCAAAAUGUUUCCUGAAGAUUUAAUUGGUUGAAAACCUCAACUUUUGGAAAUAUUUUGGGGGAACUAUGCAAUAGACAUUCCAGUCUUCUGGAUUACAGCAUAAUAGACUUUAAACAUAAACAAAGAAACACAGAAUAAGGUGUCUGUUGCAUAGAUAUUUGCUUAUUGUCAGGAAUCCUUGUCAUCAGAAAUGGAUUCCUACAAUAGCGGAAGUUGUAUUGAGAAGAGAAUGAAAGAUUUAUAGUGGCUUCGUACUACUUUAUAGUGCUAUGUUAAUGUGUUGUAUAAUUCUUUAACAACAAUUCUUUUCUCAAUGCAACUGAACAGUUUGAAAAACGAUUACAUUGUAACAUUUUAAAGACCAGAAAAUUCCUACACAAGCCAUCUUAGAACUAGGAUUUGAAGAGAUAUCAUGAUGUCAAGGGUGAUAGAAUAACCUAUGUAUUGUUUUUCAAAUUGCCUGGAUUCCUUUUGUAGAGACCAGACACUUGGGAUAAAAUUCUGGUGUCCAAUUUUUUGACAAUUCUUUUCUGCAAGAGGAAUUCCAAAAUUUGUGUCAACUUUGUUUACAAAUCACCUAGGAAACUGCUCCUUCAGUUAACAAAACAUUUCCAACAAUGAAAUUUGAAAAUGAUUGCACCAAAUUUUGGACAUUACUACAGAAUUCCAAAAUUCUAAAACUUGUCUGGUGCGACGAGGAGCAUGAUUUUCCAUAAAGGCGGCCGCUUACAACAUAAAUGUAUUUUUUUUUAACCUUUUUGUGUGAGUAAGAAGAAACAAUUUAGCACCACAUCUAUUUAACAUGAUCAGAUAUUCUCUCUAUAUAUAAACAAAACCAUUUUGCGGCUUUUUGGAUAUGAUAUUAAUCGUGACAAAUGAAACGUCACUGAGAUUAUUGAAAAUACUGGAACCAAAAAAAUUAGUAAAAGUAGAUUUGGUGUUAACAUGCUUAUAACCAUCUUUCUAGUAGUCAAUGAACAAAAAUACCAAACCUGUUCUGCUCUGUGCACCAUUUUGUUUUUGUUUUGAUUUACUUGUCAGCUAUAAUUCGGUGACAGUAACACAUUACAAAGUACAAAAUUUUGGUACAGACAUUUGCAUAUCUCUCAUGUAAUUGGUAACUGUUGCAAACAACAAAAAACAUGUUACAGUGAUGCAAGAAACUAAAAAACAAUGGAACAGUGUUUGGAAAUUAAAAAUAGCAUGAAUGCA